GGCACGGGGGGCCGAACCCGGAAGUUCUGGGCCGAAUUCCUGGUUGCCAACAAGUCCCGUCCAGAGUGGAUGGAAACCGGCGACAUGGCGGCGUCCGGCCCAGCGCUAUGCCUCUUCGACGUGGACGGGACCCUGACGGCCCCGCGACAGAAAAUUACCAAAGAAAUGGAUGGCUUUCUACAAAACUUGAGGCAGAAGAUCAAAAUUGGAGUAGUAGGCGGGUCGGACUUUGAGAAAGUGCAGGAGCAGCUGGGAAAGGAUGUGGUUGAAAAAUAUGAUUAUGUGUUUCCUGAAAAUGGCCUGGUUGCAUACAAAGAUGGGAAACUCUUGUGUAAACAGAGUAUUCAAGGUCACCUGGGUGAGGCCCUAAUCCAAGAUUUAAUCAACUACUGUCUGAGCUACAUUGCAAAAAUUAAACUCCCGAAGAAGAGGGGUACUUUCAUUGAGUUCCGAAAUGGGAUGUUGAACGUGUCCCCGAUUGGGAGAAGCUGCAGCCAAGAAGAACGCAUUGAGUUUCACGAACUCGAUAAAAAAGAAAAUAUCAGACAGAAGUUCGUAGCAGAACUGCAGAAAGAGUUUGUGGGAAAAGGCGUCACGUUCUCCAUAGGAGGCCAGAUCAGCAUUGAUGUCUUUCCUGAGGGCUGGGACAAGAGGUAUUGCCUGAGACAUGUGGAAAAUGACGGCUAUAAGACCAUCUAUUUCUUCGGGGACAAAACCAUGCCAGUAAGUACGGGAGCAUUAUUUUGGAGUUGGACUGUUCGGUUUGGGCUGGAAAAGGGGACAUGGACACAUGGGCCUUUUCCCCUCCCUCACGCGGUACGCACUGGCCCAGCUCACACUGAGUGGGGGCUUCUGCAAUUCAGCCUCCCUCCCUUUGCACUCCCACACCGGACGCCUCGGUGGAGGCAGAAAUGGAGCUCUUUGGAGGCUCACUUCGCGGCCUUCCAGAACAUCUGCCCCAGUGCUGUCCGAUCCUUUGUGCACUUCCAAGCUCUUGGCCAGUUUUAUGUCAUUUUUCCACUGUGUUUUUCCCCCAGGGGCAUUCAUUAUGAGUUGGGCAUGAGGCAUCCUAAAUGGUAGGAAGACAGGAAAUCUCACGAGUCUGAAAUUCAAGAGACUGUGCCAGGGACUGUUUAGCAGUGGACAUCACACACAGACGGUUUGGGGAGCUGUUCCUGUCGGAAGUCCCAGGUCCCGGACUGAUUCUAAAUCAGGGCUGAGAGCAGAGCUGUGUCAGGCCAGCACCAUUAGGAGGACUACAGAGAGGGAUUUCCCCAGAGCCACUGUGGCAGCAGGAUGGGGCUCUCCUUGGGAGAGGUGGGCCCCGAGAGGAGGUUCGGCACCAGCCACUCGCUGCCCAGCCCUGGGCCUGUCUCCGGGCUCCUUUAAAUUCCUGCUUCCCUUUACACACUGCCCAGUAACGGGAUACCUUGCCAUCAGAGGUCCUUGUUUGGGCUUUGUGGCCAUCCUGCACCCAGCAGGUGUGUCCUGGAUGCUGCACAUUCAGAGUUUUCUUAUCCCUCUGGUCUCUGGUCCACUGCAGAGUACUUGCCGCUCUGCUGAGGUUUCUGGGGUGGACCUACCUGCCUUUCAGCGAGGUCUCUACAUAUGGUCUUCUAGCAUGAAAGGGACUUCUGAUCAGUAAAGGCUCGUGUCCAUCUCUCUAAAUGAUGAAACCAGGACUUGGGCGCCUGGGUGGCUCAGUCA